AUGAAACUGCCCAAGGGGGCCAGGAAUUCGGUGUUCUCUGGGCAGCACCCAGAGGAGGAAGUUCAGGUGCCCUCGUGGCAGGAGAUAAAGCAGAGCCCCGUGAUCAUGGCAAUGAUCAGAGGUCCAGGCCCUGCCAAGUACCUCCGGCCGUCCUGCACGGGCUACUUAGACCAUGACAUCUCCAUGUUCCAGGAGCCGGCCUGUACUCUGCACGCCAGGCACUCGGAGAAGCGGAUCAUGGACAUUUGCAGCUCUGGGCCUUGCUGUUUCUUGGAUCCCAAAAUAACUCGGUUUGGAAUGUCCAGCUGCCCGCAAGUCCCCAUGGAGGAGCGCAUCUCUAACCUGCGUCUGAGCCCCAACCCAGCCUCCUGCCAUUACUACUUGGAGAAGAUCCACCCGCCUGGGGAACGCAGGGCUCCCCAGUAUGCCUUUGGCCACCGGUGCCCGUACAGAGUGCUGGACCCCAAUCCAGCCCCCAACCAGUACCAGUUGCCCCUCUUGUUGGGGCCCAGCAACCCUGUCAGCCGAGCUGCUCCUUGCUAUAGUCUUUCCUCGGAGCACAAGAGCUGGUUCUACAAGGAGAACGUGGCAGGGGGCCCUGGGCCAGCUGCCUACUCCCGGCCCGAGCCCUCCGUCUACCAGAACCGCAGCCCCACGUACAGCAUGGCCAAGCGAUUUGCAUACCCCACGGACCGCACGCCUCGGCCCGGCCCUGGCUCCCACAACACCCAGCAGGUGACGGUGCACAAGCCCUGCCCCCCCGCUUUCUCCAUGGGCAUCAAGCACUCGCCCUACCUGUGCCCGCUGCUCAUCGACAUUCAGGACUAG